AUGAGAAGACACGUGGUGGGAAGAGAGCUGUCCAGACGAUGGGAGACAGAGAGGAAAGAUGCCAAGCGGGCUGAAGCCAGGCUCAGUCUAGGCCUGCUCAGGCUGGAGGAGUGCCGGCUCUAUCACAUAAAGACAGUGGCCAGGGAGCAGAGGCAGCUGCAGAAAGAACUGGAGAAGCUGAGACGGGACAACUCCAAGAAAAAGUUCUCAUCUUUUAGCAAUGUUUUACUUGGGACUCGGAAGAAGCCUGAAAUUCCUAUGAUUCCCCAACAGGGAGGUCAGAGGCACAGAACUGCUGAACCUGGUGGCAUUAGAACAGAAACUCAUCUGCUCCAAACUAAGGAAUACGAAAUCUCCAAACCUAUCAAGACACCAAGUUCUUAUCCCAUGGACUGCACAAAGAACAAAGAAGAAGCACUUUCUCAAAGCCCCAGGGCCUCUCUGGGAGGUGGACCUAAAGCUCCAAAAAGAAAUUCAGUCGCAGUCACUAACCCACCCCAGGACAGAGAUUCCAUUGACCAACCACAAGGCAUCUCUGCUGACCCCCAGAAGCCUGAAGCCUUCAGCAAAGUAGAACAGGCCCCUGGUGCUACCCCGGGUGAAAGUGAGGUGACAGAAAUCAUGGAGGUCAGCCCUGGUGGGAGUGUUGGCCCAAAGCCUGGUGGUCAUACUGGAAAACAGAACUAUACUCCAGGUAGAGACACGCCUACCUUUGAUUCCAAGGCCUAUACUCUUUACAGUUACCUCAGGACAGUGGACACAAUGCCAACCUACCUGGAACUCUUUGCAAAGGUCAAGAAUGCCCGCUACCUCCGGCAUAGAGUACCACCUGAAUUUGAGAGGGAGCUCAGUACUGGGGAAAUAUUUGGACAUGAAACACGCUUAUAG